AUAUUUAGUCACAAUAAUAAUGGCGGAUGUAGUUGCGACCAGAAUAACACGGAAACAAAAAAUAUCUAAAAGAUAAAAAAACAAAACAACCGUGUUAAAGGCGUAAAUUGAAGUUUACAAUGUAAAUUAAAAAAUCUUUGGUUAGCUUCCUAUCAAUGUGAAUCAGCAGUAUGACUGCAGAGUGUUGCAGAGAAUUAAAAGAGCUGCUUGAAAAGUAUGAAGACAAAGAAGAUGUUGCAGAUCACGAUUUCUUCAUAUUUGCCAGAACUAUUAAUGAAUCAUCCAGGCAGUGCAAAUGUUUACUGAGAAAUCCUGCAUUAAUAGUUCCAUUAAGCACAUUAUUAAAAAAGUUCUAUACUUUUUGCGUCAAGUACACAGAAACAGUCAUCACUGUUGAUGACUGGAAUAAUGAAUUCCUAACUGCCACUGAACAACUAUAUCAGGCUGUUUGUAAAAGCUUCCAGCUACAAUAUCCUCUGUAUCAAGCUUAUGAGUGUGUAAAGAAUAACUUUGAGGUUACUGAUGAACAAAAACAGGCAAUUGGAAAGUUUUGUGACAUCACUGAGAAUCCAAAUGCUUCUGAAUUGUUGUUUGAGAAUAUUGCUGAUUUCUGUGAGAAAGAUGGCAUUGGAAAAAUAAACAAUUGCUUCAAAGCUGUCGAUACUCCCCUGCCCUUAAGCCUAUCCAGUAAUUUGAUCAGUAUUAUUGCUCAGCUGCGUACAUGGAUGCAUGAUCAUGCCAUCAUUCAAUUAAUUAAACCAAUGUCUGGACCAGUGACAAGAUAUUUAUGCAACAUACAUGAAGAUGAAUUACGACUAAUGAGUGCACGAGCUACGGCUGAACUUAUGUUGAACACUGUUAAGGUGCAAGAACCUGGUCAGGUUUCUUAUGAUGUCGACAUUCUCAACAUUGCAUUCAAGUAUUUCAUGUCUACCACUCUUGCUGUCAGAAUGGCUGGCUUGAAUUUGAUAACAAACCAAAUUCAUAGUUUACUUGAAGUUGGGCAAAGUCAAAUGUAUGGUGGUAUUAACAGUAUGUGUUCACAGUUGGCGUCUUGGUUAAAUGAAAAAGAAAUGAUAGAACAUUUGUUUGGCCCUAAUUAUCAUGUUGAGCUCAUCAAACAGUCACAAUUUCUGUUAAACUUCCUUGCACAAGAACGACAAUUAAAAGCCAAGCAUUUGGACUGUUUGUGGAGUGCUGCACAGCUCAAGCACAUCAGUCGAUACGUCCUGGAUUUGCUCAUCACCCUUGCCAAAACAAUGGAUUUGGUAUCAGUGCAAUACUUGUUACAACUAAUUGCUAAACUUCCAGUUGCAUCUCAUACGAAACAAACAUUGCUGUUGUCAUCUUUACUAACAAGAAACAUAUGGACAGCAGGAUUAAUUGAAUUUCAAUCAGAGGAAAAAAGUGCAAGCAAAAUUACACCGAAAAAGUUAACAUUUCCUGUUAAACCUACUCCAACAGCAUAUAAACAGCUCAACAUCAGUCCUAUACAAAGUCCAAGUUUAAGUAGUGAUGGAAGUACUGAUGAAGAAAUAGCUGACAUACAUGCACGGAGAUUUACUGGAACUCAAAUAAAACAACUUAGAAGUGUGGAUUUAAAGAUUACUGAUCAUCAGAUUCGCACAUUGACAAAUGAUCCUUACAUGCAUAUUUCACCAUCGCCUAUUGAAUCAUGCUUAAUUGGCAGUCAAAGUAGCGGUAUCAUUGCAGAAGUAGAUGAUGCUAUCAGCAGUACAAAUACAAAUGGAAGUUCAGCUUCCGAUCGUGAACGUGAUAUAAUGGAAGAUUUGGAAGAAGAAUCAUCACUGGCAAGCAUAGUAAACACACCUUUAAAAAGAAACGAACCAAUUGAAUUUAACAUAGACAGUUUAUGUGAACCAGGAAGUACGUUGUUGUGGGAUUUAAUACAAGAUCCUUCCUUGGAAUCCUUACAAGACAGCACACUCGACGAAAUACAAAAGCUGUUGUGGCAACUGAUUUGUUAUUCUGGUAACAAGAAAGUUAGAAUGGUGUUUAUAAAAGGGUGUCUUGAAAAUAUUAAAAAGAAUAGAUCUGUGAUAGUAUCGUUUAAGAUUCUUCCCAAAAUACUUAGCAUAUUCCCACAUUCCAACAACUCAUCAGAGAGUUCCAAAUUGUUGUCAUGGGCAGUAAAAGAUUUAGAACUUAUGGACUGCUUCUUUGAGAAUUUAAAAGCAUACACCACAAUAUGCAAGAAUAUGUCUGAUAAUGAUGAUCCCAUGAAUGAUAGAGAGCAGCAAAUUCGUGCUCGACUUGAUUUCUUGACUGCAAUGUUUUCAAUCGAGAUUACCCCAGAUCAUUUCCGUUUAACUAUUGGUCAGCUUGAUUGUUUGUGGUUAUGUUUGGUUACUGAAGUUCCAGAAGCAUAUCAUUUUUUAAUACUGAACUGGCUGUUAAAACAAACAAACAGUGAAGAACUACAUGCACUUGGUUUGGACUCGUUUAAACAUAUUUUUGUUAAAAAGUUACCAGAACUGAACGCAGAAAAGAUGACAAUAACUGGCCUGAAUCUGUUUCAAAAAUUAUUUGGACUUACAAGACUUUCAAAUGCUUCACCAUUUGCUCAACAAGAAACUGAAACAGAGGAGUAUAAACUUGGCACAGAACAGCUUUGGAACAUUGCUUUGAAAGCUGAGAAACUUCACGUAGCUAAUGAAGCCAUGAGCAUUCUUAAUCAUCUCUACUUAACAGUUGGUGACAGCUCAGUACGAAAAGAAAAAGAAUUUGUGCAAAAAUGCAUGUCUGUGCUGAACGAGGCUGUCAGCAAUUUGGAAGCUAAUUGCCUCCAGUCUUUAAGAUUAAUUCAACAAGUUUUGAAAAUUCUUAGAAAUCAUUUAGAAACGUAUUCGAAAAGGUUUGCUUUUCAUUUGGAGUUAUGGCGACUGAAUGGUAAAAAUCUCAAUAGCCAUCAAUGUGUACAAAAGCCAAACAGUAAAGAUCAUGUGUUAAGGAUUUGCUGUCAGAUAUCUGUUGUUAUGACAGAGAAGGUCACCUUCAAGAUGUUAUCUUCUGACUUAUUAUCAUGUUUUCGUGCACAAGUCACGUACUGGUGUGUAAGUAUACAAAAGGAGCGAGGUUCAACUUCCAGUACAGAUAACACUACCAUAUUAAAACCACCAUUUCGAUUAAUUACUCAUGGACAUGAAUUAACUCCUGAUUUUGAUAUGAAAACACUUGCAGAAUUGGGUAUGAGAGAUCAGCAGCUUGUCUAUAUAUCUGUCACAAAUGUACGCAAAGACAGAAUGAUAAACCAGUCGCAAUUACCGCCUUCUUUGCAACCACCACCAAACUUUGAGUCUGUCCCAAUGAUACAGCUUUUAAAAGAAAACAACUUUAAACAAAUUUUUGAUUUGCUUGAUGUAUUGUACAAAGUCACCAAGAUGGAUGAUUAUAGAGAACUUUGGGUGGCAGCACUUGAAAACCGACUAGAGGAUAGCUGUUUCAGUGAAAACUCGGAACAUUCGUUUGAAGAUCCUCAUGAAAUCGUUAAACAGCUGUCAGCAGAUCAUUUGCUUUACAAUGCCUGGGAACUUAUACUAAUGUUGCCAACAAAUUCUGCAAUUAGCAACAAAUUCAUGCAGCUUGAAUUUGAUCUGUCAAACACAUGGGAUGGUAUUUUAAACUUUGAGCAAAAGUUUAAGUUAUUAUAUACAUUGCAAGUUCUAGAUGGUCUGAGCUUACCCUUAAUGAGAAAUACAACCGGCACUAACACCGUUGAUUCAAGUGGGGACUCAGAUAGUUCUUUAUCAGAUGGUGAUAAGAAUUCGACAACUAGUGAUAAAUUAUUAUUAGUAUGGAUCAAUAAACUUUUCGAAAAUGGAUUUGUUAAACAUUUGCUAAAUCUGUUAUUAUCAGACACACUUGAACCUAAGACAGGCCAAGAUGAGUGGUCUUUAAACUGUGUAGCUUAUAUCAUAAAAUUGUUAACAAGAAUAGGAUUGGCUAAUAUUUCACCAGAUGAAGAGCCGUCUAGCUCUAGCAGUCCCAGUGAAGACAAAAUGGGUGCUACUGCACAAAGGCGGCAUGUUUUUCGAGCGCGAUAUCGAAGCACUGAGGCAGAUAAUGCUGUUGUAAUCCAUCAGUUUAAUAAGCCAUUAUUGAAACUGUUAUCAAAAGAUGUUUUAUACAGACGUUUAGUCUCUCUUUUGUCAUAUGUUUCUGAAAAUGCGGGUGAAACAUCAAACAUUGGUAGUCAAGACGUACGAGCAUCAGUUGUUUAUCAUUGCUUGUCAUUUCUGGUAUGUUGGGUCUCUUCACAGGAAACACUUCGUGAUUCACUAAUUGAACAUCAAAACUUCAGCACACUUUUAAUACAGUUAGUUUUCUUCUCGCCCCAGAGAUCGGUACGUACUGAAGCCUCUCGUGGCAUGUAUAAACUCUGUGUUAGUGGUGGACAAGAUGUUCUUCAUAAAAUAUUAAAUCUUCUCCUUGGAAAACUUCAAGAACUUUCUCUCAGAAAAGAGUUGCGCUUGCAAGGUUCCUCUAAAUUUUUUCAGUCAGAUAAAAUCCGUUCUUCCUCUUCGAACUACAAAGAUUAUUUUUGGUUAUUGUGUCGUCUAAUUAACAAAUAUCAAUGUGACUCAUCUAAUGAGGUCAUUAACAUUCGCACUGCUAUUCUUCAAGUGUCCAUGUUUAUUCAAGAUGAUGAACAGGAUAUUGCUUCUUCAGAGGGUCAUGUAUCUGUGGAUUACUGCUUGAUUGGUUUGCUACAAGCCUGCACAGCGUUGCUUCAACAUGAUACAGAAUUUAAAAAUUCAAGUCAGGGCUAUCAGCUGAUGCGGAAUAUUUUUCACAGGUGUUUAUUUUCAUUGCCUAAAUCAUCCAGCGAGAAUGUAAAGCCAAGGUGUGACACAAAGUCGGGACGUCAAGCAGCGUAUGAUCUUUUAUUACAGCUAGUCAACAACUCUAAAGAAAUGUAUUUAGAAUUGCAAGGUUUAUUUUUACGACAUCAUUCUGUUAAUCCAAGAACUCAAUCACAUUGUUGUUACGGUUGGAAUUAUUGGCCUCAUGACCAAGAACGGUCCAAUGUGGGUUAUGUUGGUUUGAUAAAUUUAGGUGCAACUUGUUAUAUGGCAUCAUGUAUGCAACAGUUGUUUAUGAUACCAGAAGCACGCCAGUCCAUUUUGGAAACAUCAAUCGUAAAAGAUACAAAGCAUCCAGGAAUUUUAAAAGAAAUUCAAAAAAUGUUUGCAUACCAGUUAGAGAGUAUUCGGAAAUCGUACAAUCCAAGAUCCUUUUGUAAAACCUACACAAUGGAUAAACAACCAUUGAAUACUGGAGAACAAAAAGAUAUGACAGAAUUCUUCACAGAUCUUGUAUCAAAAAUUGAAGAAAUGGGCGUGGAUCUGAGACAUAUGAUUCGAGAAUUGUUUUGUGGAGUCAUCACAAACAACGUUAUUUCAUUGGACUGUCCUCAUGUGAGCAAAACAGAAGAAGAAUUUUAUUCUGUCAGAUGUACAGUAGCUGAUAUGAAAAAUUUAUAUGAAUCCCUUGAUGAGGUAACGGUUAAAGAUGUUCUGGAAGGUGAUAACAAAUACACGUGCUCCCAGUGUGAGGGAAAAGUGAGAGCUGAAAAAAGAGCCUGUUUUAAAUCAUUGCCAAAAGUGAUGUGUUUCAAUACAAUGCGGUAUACAUUCAAUAUGGUGACCAUGAUGAAAGAGAAAGUAAACACGCACUUUUCAUUUCCAAUGAAGUUAAAUAUGGCAGCCUAUACAGAGGAAUAUCUUCUUACGAACAAAGGUGUUGGCGAUCCUGACGAUAUUCCAGGCCAUUGGUACAAUUUAGCUGGCGUGGUCGUACAUACUGGAACUGCUGAAGGUGGUCACUAUUAUAGUUUUAUUCGUGAUCGAACAUCCAGAGAUAAUAGCUGGUACCUUUUUAAUGAUGCUGAAGUGAAAUCUUUUGACCCAUCACAGAUUGCUGCAGAAUGCUUUGGUGGUGAAAUGACGACGAAAACAUUUGAUGCAAUGACGGAGAAGUACAUGGAUUUUUCGUUUGAGAAAACACACAGUGCUUAUAUGUUGUUUUAUGAACACAAUGAUAUGGAAAAACAAGUAAGAAAGACGCGGAAUAUCAAAGUAUCAAAAGAACUUCGAGAUGGAAUUUGGGAGGAUAACUAUCAAUUCUUGCAAGAUAAACUUGUUUUCGAGCCGUCAUACUUCAACUUUAUUUGGCAGUUUUGCAAUGCAAUCCCAAAAACAAUACCGUCCGAUAUUGUCUUUCAUAGCACCAAAUUAGCCAUCUCCUUCUUUUCGGAAACACUUUUACAUUCAAGAGAAAAACCUAAUAUGAAAGGUUGGGUUGAGUUGUUAAGAUACGGGUUUGAACAUUCACAAAGUGCAUGCGAGUGGUUUUUGGAUAAUAUGGCACAAGAUGAUUGGUGGUUGCAGCAGCUAUUUAUAAGAUGUCCUGGACAGAGCAUACGUCAGAUGUUUGGUCAGCUCUGUUUGAUCGCUAUCAAAAAUUUGCGUCCUCGACAUGUCCAGCUGUAUAAUAAAACGUCAGAAGAGGAAGGAGGAAGUGAUGAGGAAAAUGGCGACGUGGGGUCGUGUUCUCCCAUAACAAGAUUUAUCAGGACCAUCCUGCUAAUGCUCGAAGACAAUCUAAAGAGUUACUGCAAAAACUUACCAGAGCUAUUUUACUUCCUUUAUCAGUUUUUAUCGCUCGGUCACGAAGAGUGUGCAUUUAUGUUGAACAUCGAUGCCAUAUCAACAAUGGUGCAAUUUUACAGCAGCUUAAAAGCAAGUGAUUUGCCUGAACCUGCAUGUGACGAGGAUGAAGACCUUGAUGUCGAAGAUGACGAGAUUCUUUCCCUGUUUCCCGAAGACAAAUUUUAUCCAAGUGCUCUCGAAAAAAUGAUCGGCUCCAUUGCUUUGCUGUUAGAAGAAGCCAGGGAUGGGCCUGAGCUACACUUAUCUGACGCAGAUAUGCAAUGCUUUGUUUCGAAUACAGAAUUUCCGUUUAUCUAUCAAAUCACUGCUGACGCAGUCAACUUGCGCCAAACUGCAAACAUAAUAUUCCAUUUGUCUCGCUAUAACAAAGAAAUGGCUGACAUGAUGAUUAAUCUACUCCUCAAUGCAGCACAAAAGUUACCAAUUGAACAAUCACAACCGUUUUAUAAAUUGUUGUCGUUGUUAACAGAAAUCGGAGAAAACGGAUUACCCGGUCUACCUUCUUUUAUGGGAUUGGUCUUGCCAAAAAUAUGGACGGCGGCUGAAUAUAACCCAGCUCUUACGUUAGACUGGUUAUCAACACAAGUACCCAGACAUAAGCAGGCGCAUCAAUUUGUUCUUCAAAACCUCGACAGAUGGGUUGAGAAGUAUUUGAUAGCUGAUAACAGUCCAAGAAUACGUGGAGGGGCUGCAUAUCUUCUAGUGUCUUUAGUACCAAACCAUAACUUUCCACAAGCUUUCAGAGGCCGUUUAUUUGCAGCACCACAGAAAGAAAUCAAGAUGACAACUGAAGCUAAAAGCAUACUUCACGAGAUUUACACGUUUCUGUUGAACUUACUUCCCACGUUAAAGAAGUAUUGUGAUAAAACGCACUCGGGCACAACGAAACUAGUAAAUUAUUUCACCGUCUUGAACUACUGUUGUAUAUCGAAAGAAGAGAAGGCCAUGUUCACACCGUUCAGUGGUGAGAUGUGGAAGUUAUACCAUCCCAUCAUGUCUGAACCUGACAUAGCUGUUCAUUUCAACAAACAGGCUUUGCUGACAUUUUGGUACCAUGUGUGUGAUGGUUUUGAAGAGAACGUGAAGUAUAUCACUGAAACUGAAGACGUUGCUACAAAUAUUGCUUAUAACUAUAUUUUAUCAAAUGAUGACCAGGAAGUGAUUUCGUACAACAACUCGACACUUCCGGUGUAUUAUGGUUUGAUGAGACUGGCUUGUUGCUAUUCAGUUGCGUUCUGUAAGAAUCUAUCUUCGCAUCCAAACAUGACUUGGGCGUUUGAGCAUCUAAUGCCAAGAUCUUCACAUUAUCCACAGGUUGUCGAUGAACUUCUGCAAAUGAUCAAGCUGUUCUCUGGUGUAACAUAUAAAGAAAAAGAGGAUAUAGAAUUCGCGUUCAAAUUUAGAAGAAAAGCUAUCGAACUGUUUUGUGGUUGCAUGGACGGACAGCAUUCUUGGAUGACAUUGAUCAAUAUAUUAAAGAUUUUAAUCGAAUCUGAAGAAGAUUGCGUUCAUGUGGUGUGCAAUAAUGGGUUGAAUCCUUUAGGAGAGGCGUUCUCCACCCUCCAUCUCAUGUACCAUGAAGCCACUGCAUGCAACGUGACAAAAGAUAUAUUGGAAGUAUCCACUUUGCUUCACACCAUUCUCGAAUGUUGUCAUUCGCACAGCCCUAGGAUACCUGAGGCUUACAAAGCAUUACAUGGUUGGAUGGAACGAACUGAUAUUAUGAUGAAAGCAUUGUCUAUGUUAAAUUCGUUCGUACCAAGUGAUAUUCGAAAGAUUUGCCUAGAUUUAUUAACGAUCCUGUUGCAAAUAUAUCCAGAGGAGUGUGUUGAUACAAUUGUUCCGAUCAUUCAGCAAUCACAUAUGACAAUACGAAUGACUCAAACGCCAGCUCCAGUUGGACCCUUUUUCCCAAGACUUGGUGGUCAAAGCAAACCCCCCAAUAGAAAAGCUUCGUUACGUUCCAACGGACCUGAACUUAAUAUGACAUUGCAUCCGUCAUUAAUAGAAAGCUAUAAGGGAACGGAUAAAGAGUAUGGGCUCCAACUCUCCGAAUAUUACGAAGGAUAUCAUGUUUUUGUUGAUAAGUUGUGUCGAUAUGGAUUGAACUUGGAUGAUAUUCCAUCCAUGAUAAUAGAGAUAAGUUGCAUGUUAGCUGUUGAAGUGUUACCCUUAAAACUUCCGUUAUUUCCAAAACUUUGGCAGGAGGUUUAUAACAAAUCUAGUGAGAAUGUGAAAUAUCAAAGCUGCAUGCAAAGGUUGUUCAUGUGUGAAUCUUUUAUCGAGUUUAUGGAUACAAUUUUCACGGACGAAAGAGAAUUGUUCGAUAUUAACGUGUUCUACUCAUUUGUAUGUAUUAUGCUUCCUCAGGUGCAACAUAAAGUUUUGUUCGAGCAAAAGCAAAGUGUUUUUAACAUGAUAAUGUCCACUUUGGUUGCUGACGUCACAACAUUAAAGAACAUGUCAAGUGAUCAAUUCGAAGAAAUUUGUUCAAGAGUUCAUGGAGAUGUACGUGCGUUAUGUUUGCUCCUGUCCGUUACAAGACCUGGUGAAGUUAAGGUACCGCAAUUGCUGCAAAGUUGCAUCAGAGAAUUGAUUGAACGUUACAAUCAACACAAACAAGCUUUAGAUGAGAAGAAACAGAAAAAAGGAGAAAGCAAAAGAAAGUUAGAGCAAGCAGAAAAAAAAGAAGAGGGCGUUGUGAGUGGCGAAUCGAAAGCCGGAAGUUCCAAAGAUCCCGAAGAAAAAGAAAUUAACAGCGAAAAAGUAGACGAACCGCCUGCAAAGAAAAAGAAAUGUCCUACUGAUGAUAAGACGUUACCGAGCAAUGACGGAAAUGACACUACUCAAAUGAAAGAAAUAGAAAAAGAUGAGAACGAAGCAGAAGAAACUGUUAUAGCCGGCUCUUCAAAACAGCCGGAUGACGAGAAAGAUUUUCAACCUGCCAAGCGCAUGCUUUCAGAAUCAUCAGAUAGAGACUUUUCAGACGAUAGUUCGAGUGGGUCAUCUGAUGAUACUUCCUCGAAGUCGAGUUGCUCGGAUACCGAAAAAGCAAUACCAACUCGAAAAUUACCGAAUGUUACUGAUUCUCUGCGUAAGACUUGCGAUUCUCUCGUUAGACUAUUAUCGAGGAGAAAAGAAAAAGAAAACACGAAUAAUUAGCGGUUAAUUUAGUGAAACGACUCAAUUGAUGGGAGUAUUCGUACAAUACUUAUUUUUUUAGAAUGAACAUCAAAAAGAAAGUUUGCUGAUGUCUCUUCUUGUUGGUUUUUAGUGGAUUAUAAUGUAUUUUUAAAUCGUAAAAAAUAGAGAUAAAAAGGAAAUCUAA